UAACAAAAAAAAAAAGCUACCAAUUCAAAUUGCAAAACUGGAGGGAACAAACAAAUCUCUCUAACUUCAUCUUCCUCAUCACUCUCUCGAUUCCAAACCCUACCUUCUUCUUCCAAUGGCGGAAACCCUAAGUCCUACCAAACACCGUCUCCCAGUUGCUGCACGCAUCCAAUCUCCCACCAGCCCCUUCAUCUUAGGCUCCAAUGACGACCAGCUCGAACGCGCUCAAGCACGUGCAGCACGCGCCGCUGCAAUCCGCCGCAAGAAUCUCCCGGUUUCGCAAUCUCUCGAGGCCGACUCCGAUCCGUGUCUUAAUAAACAGCAGAUCUUCGAUUUGUUCCAGAAUUGUAUAAAGCUCGCCAGCGAAAAUAAAAUUAAUCAGAAAAAUACUUGGGAGUUGAACUUGAUUGAUCAUCUUACUGAUAUUAUUAAGGCUGAAGAAGAGAAUGAUACUGAGACUAAUUUUCAGAAGGCAAGCUGCACUCUUGAGGCCGGUGUCAAAAUUUAUUCACUCAGGGUGGAUUCGGUUCAUUCUGAGGCAUAUAAAGUCCUUGGUGGGAUGAAUAGAGCAGGUCAAGAAGCUGAGCAAGACACUACACUGGAGGGUGUUAAUGUUGAAAAUGGACAAGAAGGAAGCAGGAAAGAGACAGAUAAAAAGUUGUCACCUUUGUCAACACUGGAAUCAUCUUUUGAGGUUCUCAAUGUAAAGAAGUUUGAUGCUGCCUUUGUCGUUGAUCCCCUGUAUCGCCAGACAACUGCAAAAUUUGACGAAGGAGGAGCCAAAGGUCUUUUAAUGAAUAAUCUCGGUGUAUAUGGUGGAUGUAGGCUGCUGUUUGAUUCACUAGAAGUACCUGCAAAGUGUAUGGAAAGCCAAAAUGAACCUGAUAUUUCAGAUACCAUUGAUCUUUCUUUUGCCAGAGAUUGUGUUGAGGAGAUAGUAUUAGAGAUGCGUGUGAAAGAUGAAAUUUCUCCAACUCUGAGGACUAUAGUAAACCAGUUCGAUGAAAAUAAUAAAAGGCCUACUGGUUUUCAACUUCCUGGCCAGAAUUCAGCGGAAGAGCUUGAUGCCGAUUUUAAUUGUGAAAAUGGCGCUGACAGAGAAGAAUAUGACAAUGGCGCGACCUGGAGUGAUGAUCAUGAUGACCAACCAGUCAUUGCUGACCUAGGCUCUAAUGAUGCAGACCCAAGUUUCUCUAGUUAUCCUCAGGAAAAUGAGCAGUUUCCCUCCACAGAUUCUGAUAUGGAUGAUAGAUUUGAAAAUGUUGAUGGUUUCUUAUUCUUGAGUCUGGGUUUUAAUUCAAAACAUAAUGCAUGGGCAGGCCCUGAUCAUUGGAAGUAUAAAAAAUCCAAAGUCUCUGAGGUUCAACCUACUUCCGAAGAUGGGUCAACCCUGAAACCUAGGCAGACAAAGAGUAAGAAACAAGCCGAAGUUGAUUUAGAUUUCACAAAUUCUCUGGAGAAAGACUUGUCUGAUAUAUUUGCUCCUCCGAAGAAUCCCAAAACAUUACUUCUCCCUGAAAGCAGAUCGCCUUGCAACACAAAACUUCCAGAGGACUGCCACUACCAGCCAGAGGAACUUGUCAAGCUAUUUCUGCUUCCGGAUGUGAAGUGUCUUGGGAGGAGGGCAAAAAGAUUCUCAGAUGCAGAUGGAUCUAGAGAUCAAUUCAACGAGAAUGAUCCAUUCCCUUCUUGGGACAAUGGAAGUGCUUGCGGUGAUGAUGAGGCUGGUGAUUAUGAAGGUGAUCAUCAUAGUGACAUAGAGGAUCCAGGCACUCUUAUUACACAGCCACGUCAGGUCAGUAAAAUAGAAGUCCAGUAUGACAAAACGUCCAAACAGGUUGAUGUUCAAGUGCUAAAAGUUACUCUUUGGGACCACGUUCAAGAAUCUGUUAAGCUUUCUCCUGUUCAGGAUCAAGAAGAGAUAGUAUCUUUCAAAAAUUUAUUGGCUAAUUUUCCUGGUGAAUGCAAUGCCGCUGCAAACAUCAGUGACAUUUCUCCUCAUUUGUGCUUCAUAUGUUUACUGCAUUUGGCAAAUGAGAAAGGAUUGAGUAUCCAAAGCUUCCCCAACUUGGAUGAUCUUUCAAUAUGCCUUCCACCUGUUGGUGAUACUCAUUAAUUCUGCAGUUCAGGAAUUAGAAAAUAGUUCGUUUUCAGAUGGAGAUUGUAACAUGUCGCUUUUGGUUAUGGUUGUUCAAGUCUCAUCAAGUAAUUGUCUGAUCUAUUGAGAUGUAAAUUAGCUCUUCUUCAUGACAGAGUUAACUCAUGUUGUGCUCCCAUUUGUAUCCUAUAAUUUGGAUUGAUUCUUGUGUCAAAUACUCAAAGUUGAUGAAUGGAUGAAUGACUGACUGACUGUUAUAGCACUACCCCAGCCUACAUUUUCUGUAUUAACAAAUAUCAAACUAAAUUAAUCAUAUUUCUCACAAGUAAUCAUAAAUUAGUUAAUAUACUGA